CAUCUGUCAUCUGUCAAACUUUGUUGACUAGAUCCAUUGAGAUCCAUGCUUGUUCUUGUUUAAUUUUUGCAUUCUAUUUCUUUUCUGAUUUUAUUUGGCCCUCGUUUAUCAAUGACAUAAACGAUGGAUUUUAUAAUUGAUACAGCUGGUGAUGAAGAACUUCAAGUAAAAACAGAAUUGCUAAAUGAAGAGGAGACACCUUACUUUAUAGAUAAAGAACAAAGAACACAUGCGAUCCUACAGUUGUUUGAGAAAAAGAAAGAAGAAUUGGACUCCAAAGCUUCAGCAGAAGAAGAAUUGCAAAACAAACUGAAGGGUUUGAAAAUCGACAGCGUCUUUGAUGAAUUCUUCGAUGAAAUGAAAUGGAAUCAUGCUAUUGCUGUCAAAAACGAGAAUAAACAAAGGCUAUUCCACUUUGAACAGUUGGAUGUUGAAACUGGCAAGCUCAAGUCUAAAAUAGGCUCGGUAGAUGUUGAGAAAGAAAUGCAAAAAUCUAUUCUGCACCCGGGAAUAGAAAAAGAGCACAGUUUACCUGCAUAUUAUGUUAGCCAGAGGAAAUUAAAAGCUAUGAGGAAGAAAGAACGAGAGAAGACCAAGGGUCCCGAAUGGUUCAACUUACCAGCCCCUGAGAUGACUGAAGAACUCAAGAAUGACCUUGAGGUCCUGAAGAUGAGGUCAGCUCUUGACCCUAAGCACUUCUACAAGAAGAAUGACAUGGAAGUGCUGCCUAAAUACUUCCAGGUUGGUCGUAUAAUGGAUUCCCAACUUGACCAUGUCAAUGAGCGGUUAACCAGAAAAGAACGGAAGAGGACUAUGGUGGAUGAACUGCUGGCCGAUGCUGAGUUCCAGAAGUACAACAAGAAGAAAUAUAAAGAAAUCAUAGAUGAGAAGAGGAAAUCUGAGUACAGAACGUUUAUGAGAGAUAAAAGACAGAAGAAUAAAGCUGAACACAAGAAAAAUAAGUUAAAAACAAAUAAUAAUAAUAAGAAAAGUAAAUAAAUGUUGGUACCAUUACUU